AUGAUACCAACGUUUACUGGGAAAUCGUCCGAGCAAGUUCGAGAGUUUUUAAAUACGUGCGAGUACGCAGAAGGAAUGGUCAACUCUGCGGAAGAACCCGCUCUUUUGCAAGCAGUAUUGCGAACUAAACUGAGAGGGCAAGCAUUGAUUGAUUUCGAAACGAAGGACAUUCGCGAUUUUGGACAGUUAAAAGCAGAAAUAGAAGCCACGUAUUCUGCGAAGAGAAGCACUACGCAAUUACAAAUAGAGUUUAACACAUUGCGACAAAAGAAUAGUGAAAGCGCACAGAUUUACGGCCNAAGAGUAAAUCAAACGGCCAUGGAAUUGUACGAAUCUAUGGUGGAAGGCGAAGGGCACACCAUGGAAGAGAAGCGUACAAUAAUGAAUACUAUUAAAAAGCAAGCGUUGCAACAGUUCCAAAUAGGUUUAAGAAGUGACGUCAGAUUGAUAAUAAGGUCACGCAACUAUGGAACAUUGCAAGAGGCAAUAAACGCAGCAAGCUCUGAGGAGAAGGUGGUGGUGCCACAAAGCAGCCACAGUGGAAUUUUUGCAGCAAAGCAAGAGGUGGGAAAAAAUUUUGAGAAAAAUGCGUGCUUCAAAUGCGGAAAGAUCGGACACUACGGAAGAGAGUGCCGAUCAAGUACAAUGGCAUUGCCUAAACCAAGCAGUGGCAAAGUAAAUGCUGUGGACAAAACGUGCAGUUAUUGCAAAAAGACAGGGCAUGUCAAAGAAAAUUGCUGGUNACUGAAAGUAGCAGAGCUACAGGUAGCCGAGCUAAAUGCUGUGCAAGCAGUUUUGGAUUUAGUCACUGUACCGAUGAAGGAAGCAAAGAAAUGUGAAGUAAAAUUGCUUUAUGACACUGGAGCCACAGUGUCAUUGAUUAAAAAGAAAUAUUUAAUGGAGAAAACGCCAGCCGAAAAGACAAACAUGAAAUUAACAGGCGUAACAGGGCAUCAAGCAAGCGUAAUAGGGAAAAUCACAGCAACUAUACGGCUAAAAGACAAAAAUAUUAAGCAUCCAGUUUAUGUUGUGAGAGACGAUUUUCCG